AUGGAAUCCCAAAGUAACGAUAUUUCAAUAAACGACACAGCUAUACAAAAUAUUACUUCCAUCUCCGAACAAACUCCAGCAAUAUUGAAGAGUUUAAAGAGAGGUCGUGAACAAGGACCUACUCAAAAACGUUCAAGGCUUGAAAAUCAAGAAAUUCAUAAUAGCGUCUCGGAAGUGCAAGAACAAAAUUUAUUAUUGCAAGGAAAUGAAGUGGAUAUUGUUUCAGUUUCUGAACCUGUUGAGCACGCUCAACCACUUGAUAUUAUUUCAAGACAACAAGUAUUAUCGGGAGAAGAAAAAUUAGACAUGCUAAAGAGGAAGGAACUUUUUCGUGUGGAAGUGGUAAUUGAAAAAAUUCAAAUGCCAAACGAAAAUGUAAACAGACCUAAAGUAGAAGGAACCCUAAAUUCCCUGACAGUAGACGACGAUCUUAUGGAUUUAAUAGAAGGUGAAAUAUCGGAUUUAGACUCUGAUUUAUUGCUUUCUUCUGAAGAUGAAUCUGCACAAUCAAAGAACAUAACAUCUAAUGAGAUUGCGUAUAAAAAAGUCGAGCAAAAAAAUUCUUUAGAUAAAAACGCGCAAAUGACAUAUUCAGCAUCAGCUAGAGGCAAAAAAGUAGUUUCUAAAGAAACAAGCGAUGAAGAUAUAUUUGACGAUUCUUCUGAUUUGGAUUUCUUUACAGAGGAAAAUUCAGACACUGAUUACGAGGAUGAGGAUGAUGAGUAUAAAGGCCCUAGUGUACGAGAUUUAAAUGCAUUUUCACCUCGAAGAUCGGAAAGACAAAGACGACCACCAGAAAUUUUGGCAUUCUCUCAAUCGCCAACACGACAGAAAGUUCGUCCAAGACGAAUAUCACAAAAAUUAAAUAAUAUUCUUGAAGAUGAAUCUGUUCAACCGACAGGAACGAGUAAAGAUCAUUAUCAACUACAAAGCAACGGGAGUUCAGUAAAAAAAGAGAAUCAUUGGGAUAUUAAUGAUUCCAAUGACAAUCUAUCCUCCGAAAAUUCAGACAACUCCCAGAGUGAUUAUAGCUCUGAGGUGGAGAAGAAAGAGAAUAUCAGAGACACAAAAUUAACUCUAAUUAAUAAUUCUACAGCGAGAACUGUGAUUUGUCCAUCACUACCUAUACCAAAAUCAGAAUGUAAAAUAUGUGGUGGCUUAAGGCCAAUGUCUCGUCUUCUAUCAUGUCAUGAUUGCAAUUUGUGUGUACAUUCUGAUUGCUAUGGCCAAGUUGGUUAUAAAGACACGCCAUCAAUCUGGAGAUGUGAUCCUUGUCUCAAUAAAAAGAAUCCAAAAGUGGCAAAGAUUUGUAAAUGUGUUCUUUGUGCUCUACCCGAAGGAGAGAAUAAUGCUAUGAAAAGAACAGCCGGUUAUAAUUGGUGUCAUGUUAUAUGCGCUGCAUUCUUCCCUCAAGUGUCUUUCCGAGACGCAGAGUCUGUUAGCAUGAUAGAAGAUGUUAUGAACGUAGACGAAAUCUCGUGGAAAACGGUUUGCUUUAUAUGUAAAAAAAUAGGUGGUGCCACGUUAAAUUGUGCUCAUAGCGAUUGUCAGAUUGCCUUUCACGUAACGUGUGCUCAAAAAAAAUCUACUUGUCAGAUAUGUUUUGAAAUCAUACCCAAUAACGAACUCGAGUCUGAUAUUGACUCGAUAGACUUUGGCAAUGGGAUAGAUGGAGAUUUGUCACCAAAGAUAUUUUGCCAGAACCACAGGACAUCUUUGGCAACAUUUGUAAAAUUAAGUGAUAGGGGGAUCAAUGAUAAUUUCUCGGCCAUAUAUACUUUCAUUCGAAUACAUAAACAAUUUCAAUUCCAAGGGGCCGAAGAAAGGCGACGUUACCGAUUUCGAGAUUUAAUCUUCACUAAUGAUAGGCCACCUUCAAUUCAGGAUACAACACACUCACCGUCCCUUUCUUCCUUCGCCACAUUAUCACUCUCGUUAUCAUCGCCACCCAAGGAAUGUCUUUCACCAACGUUACACCCAAAUCUUGCAUCCACUGGUUUCUCUCGUCCGCCACCAACAGUCUGUGCAAAAUGUGGCACUAGUGCAUCGCCAAUGUGGUGGCCUCGGGACAAAGAGCAACAAGAAAAUUUCCUAAAUUGUAGGGAUCUUGGGGUGAAGAAGAUCCAUGGGACCAAAUUCCCCCAACUUUUCUCGCCAUUAACAUUUGGUCGUAUUCUUGGUGAAUCAAUAUGUCAUAAAUGUUAUUGGAAAGAGAAAAAAAAUCAAUAA